AUGGGGAACGUGAACGUCAAGGACGGGCUAGACUCCGUGGGCCUCUCCAAUCUCUCCCUUGGGAAUGCCGCGCUGGGUGGGGGAAGGGCGGCGGCGAGCGCUCAGCGCGCAGCCAACUGGAAGGCCACGGGGAUCAUCGCCCUCAGGGACGCUCAUUUGAAGUCCAUCCCUGAUGCAGUGUUUGAGGCAGCGGGGUCCGCUCGCACUCUAGACGCGUCCAAUAACAGAAUAGUUGAGAUCCCGGAAGCAAUCGGACGGUUGACAUCGCUGCAGCGGCUGGUCCUCCCGACCAAUCGCAUCGAGCGCCUGCCUGCUUCCAUCGGCCUGCUUACAUCCCUCAAGGCCCUUCAGCUGGAGAACAACCGAUUGACAGAGCUGCCAAAUGAAAUCGGCUCGCUGUCUCGCUUGGAGCGCCUAUCCCUCGCCACCAACAAGCUACAGCACCUACCAGACUCUAUUGGCCGGCUCUCAGCUUUGGUCACUCUAGACGUCUCCUCCAACUGCCUCUCCAGCCUCCCACCAACCAUCGGUAGCUGCUCCAGCCUUCAAGAAAUCUCGCUACAAGACAACCGCAUUGCAGGUCUACCCCCUUCGGUGGUACAACUAUCCGACCUUCGCACUCUCGCCCUCGAUAAUAACCGACUCACUGAUCUUCCAGCCCAGCUUUUAGUUAAAUGCCAGCGGCUACACACGGUUACCCUGCGGGGCAACGCGGUUACACCGGAGCAGUUUGAACUGAUGGAGGGGUACAAUGAGUUUGAGGAGAGGAGGAAAACCAAAGUGGACAAACGGAUCGCUGCAAAUGUGCUGCUGAACGAUCAAAGUUUGGACAUAGGAAUCGAUCGCACAUGA